AUGUUCACUCUUUUGUUCAGAUCGCUAGCGAUCAUUGCUGUGCUUCAAGCCACUCUGGGUUUUGCGAGACCCAUCGCCACUUCAUCCCGUGCCACUGCUGUCUCCAAUGGCUAUGCUAACUCCGUCUACUUUGUGAACUGGGGCAUCUACCAGCGAAACUUUCAGCCCAAGGACCUCCAGGCUUCCCAGAUCUCCCAUGUGCUCUACUCCUUUAUGAAUGUCAAGGCCGACGGAACUGUUUACACUGGAGACAGCUACGCCGACCUCGAGAAGCACUAUGAGGGCGACUCCUGGGACGAACAGGGUACCAAUGCCUAUGGAUGUAUCAAGCAACUCUACCUCCUGAAGAAGGCCAACCGCCAACUCAAGGUUAUGCUCUCUAUUGGUGGGUGGUCCUGGUCUACCAACUUCCCUGCUGCUGCCAGCGCCCCCGAGACCCGUGCUACAUUCGCCAAGUCUGCCGUAACUUUGAUGAAGGACUGGGGCUUUGACGGUAUCGAUGUCGACUGGGAGUACCCCAAGGACGAGACGGAAUCUGCCAACUUUGACCUGCUUCUCCAGGCUGUUCGGGACGAACUCGACUCUUAUGCUCAGCAGCAUGCUCCUGGCCAUCACUUCCAGUUGUCCAUCGCUGCCCCUGCUGGCGCUACCAACUAUGAAAAGCUUCACCUUGACAAGAUUGGCCAAGUCGUCGACCACGUUAACCUAAUGGCCUAUGACUACGCUGGCUCUUGGGAUACCACCAGCGGUCACAGCGCCAACCUGUACGCCAACUCUGCAAUCGCCAAGGCCACUCCCUUUAACACCGAUGAUGCUGUCAAGGCUUACAUCAAUGGCGGUGUCCCCGCAGAGAAGCUCGUCCUCGGCAUGCCCAUCUACGGCCGCUCGUUCGAGAGCACCACUGGCAUCGGCGAGUCCUACACCGGAAUCGGCCAGGGAAGCUGGGAGCAGGGUGUCUGGGACUACAAGGUGCUCCCUAAGUCCGGAGCCGAGCUCAAGUAUGACGAGACUGCUCAGGCUGCCUACAGCUACGACGCCAACACACAGGAGCUCAUCACCUUUGACACGCCCCAGGUUGUCCAGAACAAGGUGUCUUACCUGCAGAAGCUCGGCCUCGGUGGCAGCAUGUUCUGGGAGGCUUCCGGCGACAAGACGGGCGACGACUCGCUCAUCGGCACCAGCUUCAAGUCUCUGGGAUCUCUGGACAAGACGGAGAACUGGCUCCAGUACCCAGACUCCCAGUACGCCAACAUUGCCUCUGGAUGUCAGAGCUAG